AGGAGGAGGAGAGAGCAGAGUAUACCGCAGACAUCAUUUCUACUACAGUGGCGGAGCCGUACAGGACCUGUUUCACUGCAGGGGGAUCCAAAACAAGCCCCGUGGAGCAGCAGCCAGAGCUACAGCAGCCGCAAGACACUGUUUCUCUCCCUCUGCCCCCCCUUCCCCACGCAACCCCAGAUCCAUUUACACUUUACAGAGGAUCUGGCUGCAAAUCACCGAGGUGUUCCAUUCAAGCUGCAGAGUUGUCUGUCGUCUUUGGACAGCAGUCUCCUCCUCCACGGCUGCUUCGGGGGAGUCCGACACCCAUCAGCAGUCUGGAGCAAAAUGAAAGAGCUGAUGUCGAGGCCUCCCAAGUAGUGCGGCUACAGACCAUGAGCAAGAGAGAAGGAGGAGAGCUCAGCCUGCACGAACGAUCCUGGAACGCACAUGGUCUUGGGUCUAGGCUUUUCACAUUGACUUUCUCUGCUGCCUCCCCUUCUGCUCAAGCAAAAUCUGUCUGAGAAGAUCUGAUGGGAAGGAACUAACUGCUUAGGACUCUCCCUUGUGAUGAAAGCACAUGUACAGUUGUCCAAAGAAAUUAGUCCGUUUUCUGGGUGGAGAGAGACCAGACUGCUGUUUUCACAGGAUACUUCUCCCUUCUCUGUGAAAGGAAGAAAGAACACACCUAGGCCCAGGAGCACUCCAGCUUCUUGUGGGAAGUCUCCAUGGUGAAGUACAAGCUGGGGCUACCUGUGAACUGCACACAGUGAAUGUUAUUCCAGAGCAGCUGCUGGAGGAUCGCACCCACGGGGAGAUGAUUCCUCAUGAAGAGCCUGGAUCCCCUACAGAAAUCAAAUGUGACUUUCCGUUUAUCAGACUAAAACCAGAGCCAGUCCGACAGUGAAACGGUCACCGUGGAGGGGGGACGGCGAAAAAUGAAAUCCAACCAAGAGCGCAGCAACGAAUGCCUGCCUCCCAAGAAGCGCGAGAUCCCCGCCACCAGCCGGCCGUCCUCGGAGGACAAGGCAGUGCCCAGCGACAACCACCGCGCGGAGAAUGCGGCAUGGCUCCCCGGCGCCCGGGGCCACGUGGGCGGGCGGCUAGGGCCGGCGGGGCCCCCGGCGGAGCUCGGUUUACAGCAGGGAAUAGGUUUACACAAAGCGCUGUCCACGGGGCUGGACUACUCCCCGCCCAGCGCGCCCCGGUCCGUCCCGGCGGUGGCAUCCACCACGACGAUGCCCGCGGCAUACCCGCCGCCCCCGCCAUCCGGGGCCCCCGUGUCCCCGGUGCAGUACGCCCACCUGCCGCACACGUUACAGUUCAUCGGGUCUUCCCAGUACAGCGGGCCCUACACCGGCUUCAUCCCUUCCCAGCUGAUCUCGCCCACGGCCAGCCCGGUCACCAGCGCGGUGGCCUCGGCGGUGGGCGCCGCCACGCCUGCCCAGCGCUCCCAGCUGGAGGCCUAUAGCAGCCUGCUGGCCGACAUGGGCGGGCUGAGCCGAGCCUCCGGACACAAGGCUGAGCCACCACCACCGCCGCCACCUCCGCAGCACCUAGGCCGGACUGCGGGGCUCCUCCCCCCGGGGUCCCCACCGCCCCCCCAGCAGAGCCAGUAUGUGCGCAUCUCCAGCUCGCCGCAGAACGCCGCACGCCCGGCCUCGCCGCCGACCCUCCCCAUCCACCUGCACACGCACCCGACCAUGAUCCCACACACGCUCACCCUGGGGCCCUCCCCGCAGGUGGUCGUGCAGUACACCGACUCCGGCAGCCACUUUGUCACCCGCGAGGCCACCAAGAAGGCCGAGAGCAGCCGGCUGCAGCAGGCCAUGCAGGCCAAGGAGAUGCUGAACGGGGAGGUGGAGAAGGGCCGCCGGUAUGGGGCGCCCCCUGCGGCCGACCUGGGCCUGGUGAAGGCGGCCGGCAAGGCGGUGCCCCACCCCUACGAGUCCAGGCACGUGGUGGUCCACCCCGGCCCCGCCGACUACAGUGUCCGCGACGCGUCGGGGGUGCGGGCCUCCGUGAUGGUCCUGCCCAACAGCAGCACCCCCGCCGCCGACCUCGAGGGGCAGCAGGUCACCCACCGGGAGAACUCGCCGUCCGCCCUCAACGACAAGAGCGGCCUGCACUUGGGGAAGCCCGGGCACCGCUCCUACGCACUGUCCCCGCAGCAGGCACUGGGCCCCGAAGGCGUGAAGGCCGUCGCCACGCUGUCCCCGCAUACGGUCAUCCAGACCACACAUAGCGCCUCGGAGGCCCUCCCGGUCGGGCUGCCGGCCACGGCCUUCUACGCGGGCACGCAGCCGCCGGUCAUCGGCUACCUGAGCGGCCAGCAGCAAGCGAUCACCUACGCCGGUGGCCUGCCCCCGCACCUGGUCAUCCCGGGCACCCAGCCCCUGCUCAUCCCCGUGGGCAGCGCCGACCUGGAGGGGUCGGGCGCCGCCUCGGCCAUCGUCACGUCGUCGCCCCAGUUUGCUGCAGUGCCUCACACGUUCGUCACCACCGCCCUGGCCAAGAGCGAGAACUUCGGCCCUGAAGCCCUGGUCACCCAGGCCGCCUACCCGGCCAUGGUGCAGGCCCAGAUCCACUUGCCCGUGGCGCAGUCUGUGGCCUCCCCCGCCGCCGCCGCGCCCCCCACGCUGCCGCCCUACUUCAUGAAAGGCUCCAUCAUCCAGUUGGCCAACGGGGAGCUGAAGAAAGUGGAGGACCUGAAGACAGAGGACUUCAUCCAGAGCGCGGAGAUCAGCACCGACCUGAAGAUCGACUCCAGCACGGUGGAGAGGAUCGCGGACAGCCACAGCCCCGGCGUCGCCGUGAUCCAGUUUGCCGUCGGGGAUCACCGAGCGCAGGUCAGCGUGGAAGUUUUGGUAGAGUAUCCUUUUUUUGUGUUUGGACAGGGCUGGUCAUCCUGUUGCCCGGAGAGGACCAGCCAGCUCUUUGAUUUGCCAUGCUCCAAACUCUCCGUUGGGGACGUCUGUAUCUCGCUCACCCUCAAGAACCUGAAGAACGGCUCUGUUAAAAAGGGCCAGCCCGUGGAUCCAGCCAGUGUCCUGCUGAAGCACUCAAAGACCGACGGCCUCGCUGGCAGUAGACACAGGUAUGCCGAGCAGGAAAACGGGAUCAGCCAGGGAAGCGCCCAGAUGCUCUCUGAGAACGGCGAACUGAAGUUUCCCGAAAAAAUAGGAUUGCCGGCCGCGCCCUUGCUCACCAAAAUAGAACCCAGCAAGCCCGCGGCCACGAGGAAGAGGAGGUGGUCAGCGCCCGAGACCCGCAAACUGGAGAAGUCGGAAGAUGAGCCACCUUUGACUCUUCCCAAGCCUUCUCUCAUUUCUCAGGAGGUUAAGAUUUGCAUCGAAGGCCGCUCUAACGUAGGCAAGUAGAAGCUGUGUGGGGAAGGGAAAGCUGGCCCUCCUUUAUCAUUUGUAUCCAGAUUACAGAUGUACUGUAGGUUAAAUAACUCAGUAUUUACAUGUUAUCCUCUUACUUUAGGGUUCUGUUAUAACCUUGUCAUUAGAGUUACAGCUGGCGUUGGGCAGGCGAUCGGUGCAUAUGCUUUUUCUGGGCGUGUCUCUCGGCAGGUGGGGUGCCAGGGUAGGUCCAGCCCAGGCUCCAGGCAGGUGGUGGGCAUCCUGGUUGAGAUGAAGGUGGCCCCAUGGCACCCGCCUUUUCUGGCAUCGUGGAUGCAUCCACGGGGGCACCGACUUCCACUGGCUUCAGAAGGAUGAUCUCGGGAAGGGAGCUGCGUCAGGGGGGUGUGUGCGUGCCUGUGUGCCAGGGAGGGUGCCUGGGUGACACUUCUGUGAGGGUGUCUUUCUCUCUGCCUCCCUCUCUCUCGCUCUCAGCACCAGACUGGAGGUCUGGGGGAAUGUCCUCAGGAGGUUCCCCUGUGCAGAGUCAGCAUCGGGGCCUCCAAGAGAGGUACCAGACAGCAGAUGGAAAGCUAACCUUGUAAAAGAACAUUUCCCCCCCCCAACUUAUUUUACAAUAAAAGCAACUUUUAAUCAUAGAGAUAAAUAUAUAUAUAUAUAUAUAUUUCCCCCUAUGGGGCCUGACUGCACUGAUAUUUUUUUAAAGAGCAACUGCCACCCAUGGGAUUUCGUUUCUGCUUUACUAGUGCAGUAGUGAUGCCUCCAGGGCGUCAUGGUGGGCAGGCGGCCCCUGCUGGCAUCGCUCUGCACUGGUUGGGGGGGGGGGCGCUGGGCAGCAGGGGUGGGGGAAAGUGAACACCCCCUCCGGUCUCUGUGCAGUGUUAGGAAAACCAAUCAGGUUAAUUGCAUUGACUUCGCUCCCAAGAGAUAAGACACAAACUGCCCUUCAAAAGAGCUGCAGAAGCUCUUUGCUUUGGGUUUGCAAAUCUUUUGUCUUUUAACUCUAGUACUGUUUAUAGUUCAUGACAAUGGACAACUCGGGUGCCACUUUUUUCAGAUUCCAGUGUGACGUGAGGAAAUAAGAUUUUGAAGAUAAGCAUAUAUAUUACUAUCUCUUAAGUACUUAAAAUGCCGUUCACACUUUAUUACCAAGCAUCUUGGUCUCUCAUUCAACAAGUACUGUAUCUCACUUUAAACUCUUUGGGAAGAAAAACAGAAAAGAAAAAAAAAAAACUAAGUUGCUUUCUUUUUUUUUUUUAACACUGUAACUACAUUUCAGCUCUGCAGAGUUUCUCACGGAGCAAGAUGCUGAAAGUUUCAAAGUGGUUUCAAGGGAUGAAUGUGAAUUAUGAACUUGUAUGUGACAAUGAAUGACCACCAAGUACAGCCUGACAGGAGGCACUCUUCACUUUGAUGUCUCAGAAAGGAGUAAAAAGCGUAUGCAGAGCUGGCAGAGGAACUGAGAGGGAAGGGAUGGGAAAAAAAAAAAAAAGAAUACUCACUUUUGUCCAGUGUUUUUCUUUUUAAGACGAACUUUUAAAGAACCUUGCGAUUUGCACAUCUUGAGUUUAUAAAUUUGUGUGAUAUUCCUGCAGUUUUUCUCAAAUAACAUUGUGGGAAAGGCUUGGGGGACUGAACGAGCAUAAAUAAAUGUAGCAAAAUUACUUUCUAACCUGCCUAAACUCUAGGCCUUUUAUAAGGUAAUGUUCCUUUCAAGAUUCAUUUUUGGUCUUCUUACCGUAUCUGUCACAUAAAACCAGGUCUUAGCAGGACAACUCUGAGAAUUUUCUUCAGAUUCAUUGAGAGAGUUUUCCAUGAAGACAUUUAUAUAUGUGAGCAAGUUUGUUUUUUUUUUUUUUAAAGAAAACAAAUUGUUGUUGUUGUUAUUAAUGUUAUUUUCAAAAUGACUUUCUUUUUCCAUCUGAAAUCAAGAUUUAAUGUUUGGUACAAACCCAGAAAGGGUCUUUCACAGUUGAGACCUUUUAUCCCCAGAGAUCUGAAAAAUUGUUUGUGGGGUUUGAGUGUGCGUUUUAAGUGCUUAAAAGUUUUAUAAGGAGAGAGAAAUUUUUAAAUAUUCUUACUUGGAAUGGCUGCAGAGAAUCUGAACAAAUACCUGAUUUUUCUUUUACCAUUGAAAAUAGUACUUUUUCCAUUUCACAGAUUUAAAAAUAAAUUCUUGUCAGCCCACCUUCUGGCUUUCCAGUAUUCCUUCACAUUUAGCUCUCAGCAGAACUGACGAUUUUUAGAAACCAUUUCUGGGGUGUACCAAAACCAUUGGAGUAGGUUUUGAACUGCUAGAACCAGUCCUUGACUUUCCUCGGUGUUCAUUACCCUCUCAGCAUGCUAGCAGAGAGCUGGGUGAGUCCAUUUUUGCAGUCAUAUUGCUUACUUAGUGCUGUAUUUUUUUAAAUGUCUCUGUUCAGAGAACUUGCUUAAUCUUCCAUAUAUUCUGCUCAGGGCACUUGCAAUUAUUAGGUUUUGUUUUUCUUUUUUUGUUUUGACGGUAAGAGGAAUACGGGGCUGCCAUACAGACUUUGUCCUCAUCAGUACCACUAAGGACAGCGAUUCACCCGGACUCAGAGAAACACCCACCACCUUUUGGCUUCUUUUGAGUAUUGAACUAACCGGAUCCACACCUCCAACACUAAAACAGGAAAACAUGCGUGGUUUGGAGCAAUAGGAACAUCAUCGUUGUUUUUUGUGCUUUUGUUUCAGGUAUAGGAAUUAUCAAAGAAUCGGUUCUUUCUAAACAUUGUCCUGUUUCACCUUCUUGCUUCUUUAGUGUGUGCAAUACUUUCCGUGCCAAUAGAGUCUGAUCAGUGUGCUCUAGACAAAGUGUAGGUAGGCCCCUCUUGGCUUUUUCCUUAUUCUCUCCAUCCUUUUUCUAUGCCGGCCAAAGAAGGGCUGGAAGGAAGGAGCCAGGAAGGGGAGAGCCUCCUGCUGGGCGAUUGCCCUGCUCGGGGAAGCCGAGGCCCCAGGGCAGGGAGCUUUUGGGGGAGCCCCGCGUUUCUGUCGCCCUGUCGCAGAAAAGAGCAAACAAAGCAGAUCUUCCCCUCCUCACCGCGAGGAAUAGUGGCGUGCAGACGGGAAGCAGGCAGACUCACUUCUAAGGCGCACUCUUGAGCCAUCGAGCCAGGAUCAGCCCCUGUUCCACGGUCCUUUCCUUGAGUAGGUGGGCCCCCACCCACUCAGGUCUGUGUCCUGGAGACUUGGAGCCGUGCAUCCUCCAAGCGUGGGCAGGAAGUGUGGUCCACCGCGUGCGCGCCUUCCGAGCCUCGGGCGCAGGCGGCUGCGGAGGGCCCGGGCCUUCUGCGAACAAUGGCCACCGCUCCUCUGUGGCAGCUCUCGCCUCCAAAUAGGAAGGCCAUCCGGAGAACAGGGGCCCUCCUCCCGUUGGCACAUGUGGGCGAGCGCCGAGGCCCCCAGAGCAGCCCGGUCACCGCGCCCGCGUAGCCUACCUAACAGUGCCGCGCAGCUUGUGAGGAGCAGCCAUGUGCCUCUGUACCGGGUCCACUUUGCAAUACUUACCUAACCCAUCUUUUGUUCUCCUUACCUGUUUUCCAUUUUUAAACUAGUAACAGCAGGCCUUUUGCGUUUACAGUGGAACACAAUCACCAAGAAAUUAGUCAGGGCGAAAAGAAAAAAAAAAAAAUUCACCAACAAACAAGGACCUCUCUUUCUAGGGAUUUCUAAAUAUAUAAAAUGACUGUUCCUUAGGAUGUUUCAACUUCAGAAUUAUUUCAGUUUGGGCCACAUUGGGGGCGGGGCGGGGCGGCUAGAGAGAUGGAUACCACUUACCUCAAAUCUUUUCAAGUGGAAAUCCAAAAUUGCUUUUUCAUUUGGACGUUCAGGAUGAUUUUCUAUGUCCGUCAAUUUUGUGUCUUUUCCAACUCACCCCCGUUUGUUUUGGGAGGAAUUUCUUCUUUUUUUUUUUUCCCAUUGCUGUCCUCAGUCCCAUUUUUCACCCUGAAUCAUGACCCUCUGUGUGUCCUGUUAGGUGAGCGCGUUGGGUUAUCUCGCCCACCGGGAAAUGGCAGCACCCCUCCUCCUCCCCCCCAAGGAACUCUGCAGAACCUUUCACACCUCUAACUCAGGGACGGGGCUGGCGUGUGUGUGGUACACUGACGUGUCCAGAAGCAGCACUUUGACUGUUCUGGGAGUAGGGUUGUACAACUUCAAGGAAUGUUUGGAUUCCCUGCAUCUUGUGGGUUUCUCCUUAGAUACCGCAUAGAUUGCAAUAUAAUGCUGCAUGUUCGAGACGAACAGUAGCUCCUAGAAAUCAGAAAAUCCACUCUUUGCACAUAGGUCGAUCUUUACUGAAAUACAUUGCCAAAAUUUACUUUUGUUGUAUAGCUUUGGAAUUUUUUUUUUUUUAAGGAAACAAUUGACAAUACCCUUUAACAUCUGUGACUACUAAGGAAGCCUGUUUCUUUCAUAGAGAAAAAAAAAAUAUCAAAUGCUUUUGAAGACACUAAAUGCCAUCCUAUUUCAGAUCUGGGUGAAGAAGCAGAGCUCUGGGGACGGAAAGGCUGGGCUUUUUGAGCUGUGUUGGUUGUCACGGCUACUGUUUGAUGAACUGUAAGCAGCUCGACAAACUGUGGUCCGUUUCCUCCUAAAACCCUUUGCACAUCCUAUCUCCUAGUCACCCAUGAUAAUCCCAGGUGAAAAAAGGGCCAGCAGUCUCCGUGGCCCAAUCCCGCUUCUUCAGGGUGAUGUGAAAGCAAAGGGGAGGACGCUGUGUGGGCUUUUCAAGUGAAGCGGAAGUCUCUGCUUCCACCUUUGUUUUCAACCCAGAGUUUCCGAAAUAGAAAAUUUAAGAACACAUCCAGUAAUAACUAUACAGAGAACAUACUUUGCUAUAAAGCACAUGCCUAUCUAUGCCAUUGUGUUAGGUUGGUUUCCUCUUUUUUCCCUCCACGGACAGUGUUGUGUUUCUGUUGAUAGGGAAACUCCAAACUGUUUGCACACCUCUACUCCGGAGCUAAGAUUUCUUUUACAUAGAUGACCUCGCUUCAAAUAAGUUACCUUACUGAUAGAUCUUUUCUUGUAGCACUAUACCUUGUGGAAAUUUUUUUUUUUAAUGUACACCUAAUUUGAGAAGCUGAAGAAAAAAAAACUUUGAAGCACUCACUUUGAGGAGUACAGGUAAUGUUUUACAAAAUUGCACAAAAGAAAAAUGAAUGUCAAAAUGAUUCAUUCAGUGUUUGAAAGAUAUGGAUCUGUUGAAACAAUGAGUUUCAUACCUUGUUUGUAAAAAAAAAAGCAUAAAGGUUGAAAGUUACAUGUUUUUUUGUAUAUAGAAAUAUGUCAUGUCUAAAUGAUCAGAUUUGUAUGGUUAUGGCCUGAAAGAAUUACUACUUAAAAGGCUCUUCAACUAUACCUAUGCUUCCUCUAGGUUUUUGUUACAUAGAACCCUCAUCUGAGGGAGAGUAAUUCUGUAUUUUGCAAUUAGAGAAUACUGUUCAUUCCUAUGCCGAAAGUACUUCUCCGAGCUCCCUUCUUAGUUUAAACUCUUAAGCCAUUGCAACUCCUUUUUCUCCAGAGAUGAUGUUUGACAUUUUCAGCACUUCCUGUUCCAGUAAACCCAAAGAAUAUAAUUCUGAACAAGAAGUGUUUGUAACAAGGGAUCCUGGCUACCACGAAAACGGGGCUCAUCACGAGGACACACACACAGAAAUGUUCAGCCUUCUCUCCCCACCGACACCUCAUUUCAAUGGCGGGGGGUGGGGGGUUAAACAAGAAUUUCAGUUGAGAUGCCUUGUUUCACUUUGGUUUUGAUUUUUUUUUUCCUUUACCAUUAAGAGGCCAAAAUUAACGUGGAGCAACUUCUCAGAAGUCAUAUUCUGUCCAGAAAUCAAACCAGCCAGCAGAAACUGGACAGCUGGCAGGGGAGGGGCGGGAUGUUGAGCAGAUCCCCCCUCCAAUUCUUAAAAUUCAGAAUCUGAGCCCCUCCCUCACAUUACACGCAGUGUUUCUGGUAGCUGACAUUCACCUGUACGACGGCGGGAGGGAACAGCGGCUUCAGUUUCUCGUGUCCUCACGACUUGCAUACAAAUGGUUCAGCUGUAUUAAAAUUAAGUGCUUUUGGCCAAUAGGUAGUAGCUCUCCAGUAACCGUCUCUUAAGAAUUUCCGUCACUUUUCUUAGCUGAAAGGACUCCAGUCUUCCACUGCAGAUAAUUGGAGACUUCACCCAAGUUUUCUUUCCCUUUAGUUUGUUCGUUUGCUGUCUGGGACGGCCGGUGAGCCAGUCUCCUUUUCCAUGGCCAGUCUGAAGGCCCCCUUUGGAAGUGCUGUUUGCAGUCAUCCUUGCCGAGGUAACAGGAACUGUCCUCUGGAAUAAAUGGCAAGUCUCAACGGUUACCAAGCUGGGUGUGUAGGUUUCCUCUGGUUCCUAACAUGAACCGCCUACUCUUCAAUUAAUCCAGUUCAGGAGUGGGGUGAAUUUCUUUACUGUCAGUGAACAUUAAACUUGAUACCUGUGUGCAUCAGUUCUGUGAAUACUGCCCUUUUGGCCUUUUAGGGGAGGUUUGUUUUUUUUUCCUCCUCAGCCUUCACUACUCCCUGUACACCCAAAUUAGUGUCAGCUGAAAGGCUCCAGCAGAGCCCUGCCAGCAUUUUCUGGUGGCCUUUGGUUAAGACAAGAGUCCUAAUUUCUAGCCAGUGGGGUCCUGGCCCCAGGGCCAUCUCUGAGAGUCACACCGAUGUUUUUCUAGUAUCAGCUCACGACCUACCAACCUUCCAAUCGUACGCCUCCCACCGGCCAAGGAAAAAGAGACACCAGAACUUUGAGGGCACUAUCAGACUGACAUGGCCAGUACAGAGGAGAACUAGGGAAGGGAUGAUGAUUUGCACCUUAUUGAAAAGAAAAAUUUAAGUGCAUACAUAGUUAAGAGCUUUUAUUGUGACAGGAGAACUUUUUUCCAUAUGCGUGCAUACUCUCUGUAAUUCCAGUGUAAAAUAUUGUACUUGCACUAGCUUUUUUAAAACAAAUAUUAAAAAAAAAUGAAAGAAUUCCUAUUCUAUUUUCUAAUCGUGGUGUGUCUAUUUGUAGGAUACACUCGAGUCUGUUUAUUGAAUUUUAUGGUCCCUUUCUUUGAUGGUGCUUGCAGGUUUUCUAGGUAGAAAUUAUUUCAUUAUUAUAAUAAAACAAUGUUUGAUUCAAAAUUUGAACAAAAUUGUUUUAAAUAAAUUGUCUGUAAACCAGUACAAGUUUAUUGUUUCAGUAUACUCGUACUAAUAAAAUAACCGUGCCAAUUGCAAA